AUGCCACACGUGAGACUUAUGGCUAACUUGGCCUGCAACAAGCGCUGGAAGCGGGAUGGGCCAAUGAACAUUACUCGCCACCACGUCCAGGAGGAGGAAGGGGCCCGGCGCGCAACCUGGGAGCAGAACCUGCGGCUUGUGACACUGCACAAUUUGGAGCACUCGCUGGGAAUGCACUCCUAUGAGCUGGGCAUGAACCACCUGGGGGACAUGACCAGCGAGGAGGUGGCUGCUUUGCUGACAGGAGACAGAGUUCCUCGCCAGCCGCACCGGAACGCCACCUACCUCCCGACACCAGGCAGCCACCUGCCAGAUGCCGUGGACUGGCGGGACAAAGGCUGCGUCACAGAUGUGAAGAACCAGGGGGCCUGCGGCUCCUGUUGGGCCUUCAGUGCCGUUGGGGCCCUGGAAGCCCAAGUGAAGCUGAAGACUGGGAAGCUGGUGUCCCUGAGUGCUCAGAACCUGGUCGACUGCACCACCACGUACGGGAAUCACGGCUGUGGUGGCGGAUACAAAACUCAGGCCUUCCAGUACAUCAUUGACAACCACGGCAUCGAUUCAGACAGCACCUACCCCUACACUGCCCAGAAUGGGACGUGCCACUACGACCCAGCCACGUGUGCCGCCACCUGCUCCAGGUACUUUCAGCUCCCAUAUGGUGAUGAAGCAGCCCUGAAGGACGCCGUUGCCAACAUUGGACCCAUCUCGGUCGCCAUAGAUGCGACUCUGACUUCAUUCUUCCUUUACAAAUCAGGUGUCUAUGAUGAUCCAGGGUGCACCCAGAAGACAAAUCAUGCGGUCCUUGUGGUCGGCUAUGGCACACUCAAUGGACAGGACUACUGGCUUGUGAAGAACAGCUGGGGUGUCAGCUUCGGUGACAAAGGCUACAUUCGCAUGUCAAGGAACCACGGAAACCACUGUGGCAUUGCCAACUACGGUGUCUAUCCCCAGAUAUAGAAGUGCUGUCUGCUUGGAGAUGAACUCUUCACAUGGAACUGGUUUAAAUUACGCACCUUUGGCUUGAAUCUUUAAUCUGCUUGCUAUAGUGAAGAGCAGUGCUGCUGACUUGAAAGACAAGACUGUCCUGUCACCUCUGCCUGGUGGAUCUGGGCCGCACAGGAGAGAUGAUGAAGGAGUAGGGUUGGGCUGGGC